AUGGAGCGAGUUCGAGCACAACCUGCGACACGUGCCGAGGGCCGCCGCAUGUCGAUAUUCACAGAGGUUGGGCUGGUGGACGAAAAUAAAAUAAAGGAGGAACGGAGCCCGGUGCCGACGCAUGGAGAGACUUUGAAGCGGUUGCGGCCGGCGAAGAUGCUGAGGUUUCGGAGUACGAACAGUAUCUUCAACGCCGAGGGGGAGAGGUUGGCUGACGAUGAAGAUGAUUGGGAAUCGGUAUGCGACGACGACGAGGCAAACGAAUCCUACACGACCACUUCGCAAUCAUUCAUGCCAACGAGGCUCUACCGAUUAGGCCUCUUCAGUGUUUUACUGGCAUUGAUGCUACCAAUUAUCCAACUCAAUCCCCUCAAACAUAUCGGAGUACGGGGUGGCGCUAUCCCAACGCACGCAAUCCAGGCCAAUGUCGAGCGCUCGAUGCUUGCCAGACGGGAAGACAGCCCAACCGAUGCUUGUAGAAGGUGGAGUGGACAAAGCGCCGUCGUGAAUGGAACACUAUACAUGUACGGGUUCCGUCGAACCACCGACAGCCAACAGACUCAGGAUACGUGGAACAACGACUUCCUUACCCUCGAUCUUACGGAAUCCUGGCAAGCCAGCUCUCCAGCUCUGACCGGUCUUCCCAAGCCCGCCGGUCCACCAGCUGUUUCGCUCGGUCAGCUCUGGGCUUCGCACGAUUCGCUAUGGCUAUACGGUGGCCAGUUCUCUGACAGUCCUCAGGCUGAUCCCGCGAACAAUUCAGUUUGGGAGUACAACAUUGGAGGCAAGCAAUGGAUCGAACACGCAGACCCGAAGACAUCGGCUGGCCAGGAGGCGGAGGAUGCCGGGCAAUCUGUUCAACGCGUUGCUGAAGGUGCUGGUCUUAGUGUCCCAACGCUGGGUAGGGGCUUCUACUUCGCUGGCCAUCUGGACUUUCUUACGACUGAAGGCUGGAGCAUUCAGACUCCGCGGGUGUACCUGAAGAGCUUGCUGGAAUUUACGUUCCCGGGACAGACUAACAAUGCUGUGGAGUCGUUGGCAGAUGGGAAGACAGCUGGAUCAGAUGGUGCCUGGCGCAACAUCACCUAUGGUGGACUGCAGAACACUGCGUCUUUCCCUGAACGUGCGGAUAGUGCUCUUGUCUACGUUCCUGGUUUUGGUGACGAGGGUCUCCUGAUUGGGUUGACAGGUGGUGACAAUGCUACCUUUACGCAAAUGAACACUAUCGACGUUUACGAUAUCGCUACAUCGACUUGGUACAAGCAAAGUACCUCUGGAAAGACACCUAAGUAUCGUGUGAAUCCCUGUACAGUUGUGGGAGCUGCAGCAGACGGCUCAUCUUACAACAUUUACAUGUUCGCCGGCCAAGACCUAGGAGACCCCGGCACUCAGACGCAACGAGACGACAUGUGGAUCCUUUCCGUCCCCUCAUUCUCCUGGAUCGAAGUCGAACAAGGCACCGAUAAAGCCAGCAUCCCUCCUCCCCGCGCCGGCCACCUCUGCCAAGUCUGGGACGCGCAAAUGAUCGUCCUCGGCGGCUACAAUACAGAUCUCGGCUGCGACGCCCCCGGCAUCUACGUCUUUAACAUGAGUAGCCUAGCAUGGAGCAAUCAAUUCACCGCUGUAACAGGCAAGAACGCACUCCAAGGAUACAAUGCCAAGGACAAGGGAAGCACCGGCAACCCCCUCGCCCAACAAAUCAAUCAACGUGGUUUCGGCGUCGGCGCCGGCAUCGAAGGAUCAUACGGCUACGCCGUCCCCGAAGCCGUUCAAAGCGUCAUCGGCGGUGCAGCAACAGGCGGCGCCACCUUGACCGCCCCUGUCCAGACACCUACACAAGGUCCCCUCGCAACCGGGAAACCGCAAACGUACACCAUGACCGGACCAGAUGGCGCGACGAUUACUAAUGUCAUCAACGGAAACCCUGCUGGUAGCUCCGGGGACAGUGGACCGAAUAUUGGUGCCAUCGUUGCUGGUGUUAUUGCAGGCGUGUUUGCCAUUAUUGCAGCAUACUUUGCGUUUUGCGCGUGGAUUUACAGGCGGCAGGUGCAGAUUUGGAAGUCGCACGCCGCUGCCGUACAAACGCGUGCCAAUGCCGCGGAGAAACAGGGGGGUACUUUUACUUCGUCGUCUGGAAAGAAUAGCUCGGAGAGACCGCCGGGUACGCUUGGAGGAAGCAGCCAUGGAGGCGCGGCUGCUGGCUCAUUCGAUAUCAAUAGGAGGGCUAGCGGUGAUGCUACGGCGUAUGGUGGACCCGGAGCGGGUGGUCAAUGGGGGAGGAGAAAUAGUGAGGGCAGUGUUGUGGAUGGGCUUUUGGAUGGCCAAGAACCUAGUUUCUGGGGCGCCAGGGGUGUGCUGUUGAAUCCUAGGAGGAGUCUAAGGGUCAUCAAUAGGGAUUGA